UAUAUACAGUACAAUGAAAUACUACACGAUUUGAAAACAUGUGAAUUGUUAUCAAAAAAUAUAAACAAUAAUUGUUUUGUUUUUUUAAUGACUUUUAAACCGAAACUUCUUUAGAUAGUUAUAAUCACCCGACUGUACGAUAUCCGCGAUGUCCAGAGGUGGUCGUGGAGGUGGACGCGGAGGCAAACGUGAUGGCGGUCUGACCUUUUCGUUGGAGUCAAUGGGUCUGACACGCGGUGAGGCACUACCGCCGCCAACCCUAACACCGCCGCCCAACUAUCCGUCGAUUGCCGACUGCCGGCCGUUACCACUGCACGACAAUGAGAUAGACAACUAUCUGUUGACACUUAAGCAAGAGUUUCGACAAUCAAUGAUUACAUCCAAAUAUUUCAUUAGUGCCACUAAAGAGAAGUCACAGAUAGAGAGAUAUUCAGAUAAAUACGAAAACAUUGCCACCGAUAGUGUCAGUGAUAAUGACAUACAAAUUGAUUGGCGUAUAUUUCCUACAGAGUUGUGUCCGAAGAAAAGCAAAACAAAAAAGAAGAUAAAAGUUGAAAACAAUAAAGAUUUGAAUCAAAAGUUAGAGAAAUUAAUAGAAGACGAAAAAGAAGACAAAAGUGAUGAUCAAAACAGCGAUGAAGAGGUAAACAAUAAUGCAUCCGAUGUGGAGAAGGAAGAAGUGCCUGAAGAGGAUGUCGAAGAAGAAACAGAUUAUAUGUUUUCUUAUUUCGAUAACGGAGAGAACUAUUUGGAGGAAUCGGAUGAUAAUGGGGAUGAGGGACCCACCUAUUGAAAGACAUCACACAAACAAGUCAGCCAUCAAUUGUUGUACAUUUGGAUCAUUUUGUAAUUUAGUCAA